UCUAAUUCUCUCUCCCUUUGGCUUCAUCUUUCAAGUUUCUCACAUUCUUUGCUUGCUUGUCUGUCCGCCAGGUCACACAGGUAUCCCUCGUUUGAUUUCAGUCUCUGUCAGAUGUUCUAGUCGGACGUUGCGAGUGACCACUAUCUCUCGUUAUCAUUACUACUUUACUACGUAUUGUCUCCCGCCUCGGGGCAUGUCUAUCGGGCAUUGUCACAUGGGCCGUACGUAUGUAGGCGGCAAUCCCUGCACCCCCGGCCUCUGACCACCACCAACUCCGAACCCCUCUCCUAUUUCCUCCCGUGGUGCGAUUCUGAAAUAGAGCUUCCUCGAUCGAUUUCUCUCGAAUUAUCUCGACCCUUUGCCAGGGACAUUCCCUGUUGAGCCUGCAGGAUGCAAUACGUCCGCAGCAUCAGCGGUUCCGUCUCGAAGACGUGGAACUCCAUCAACCCAGCCACCCUAAGCGGGGCAAUUGAUGUAAUCGUGAUCGAGCAGGAGGAUGGAACCUUGGCUUGUUCACCAUUCCACGUUCGUUUCGGCAAGUUCUCUCUCCUCCGCCCGUACGAGAAGAAGGUGGAAUUUUCCGUGAAUGGCUUUAAACAAGACUAUGCGAUGAAGCUGGGUGAGGGCGGGGAGGCUUUUUUCGUUUUCGAAACCACCGCCGAGAUCCCCGCCUCGCUCCAGACGUCACCUUUAGUCUCGCCCACCAGCAGUCCUAAAAUGCGCAGCGAAGAAAAUCUCCCCUCUUCCUUGUCAGAACCGGAGUAUCUCGACCUCGAUCGAUCUCCGUCACCAUCCGAAAAUCAAGUCGAUGGGAAACCAUCGGCCGAAAUCCCUAUCUUGUCUAGGGGGAUGCGGGCAUCCAGUGACCUGGGUACUAUCACACCUCUUUCCCGAUCGCCAGAUGACUCGAGUAUGGGCCGGUCCCGCCAUGGCUCAUUUAGCGAGGGACCAGUCAAGAUUGACAGAAUGGCCACCGAUAGCGUGCUGUUAACGAAGAACCGAUCCAAUAGCAUUGGUGCUACGCAUCAAUUGUACGCAGCGAAUGCCCCGGGCGAAGAGAACACCCGGGAUGGCCGAUCCCGCAGCCCCACACCAUUGUCGCCCGAGGAAGUGAUGUCUCGCGCUGUGUCGCUGUCGAAGAAGCUGUCCGGGUCGAACAUUCCCUCUCGCGUGACAGAGACCGGAGACUUGAUGCUGGAUAUGACGGGCUACAAGAGUAGCGAGGAAGACGCGCUGCGGGCGGAGGUCAUUGCGCGGAAGAUUCUCGCCGAAGAAUUGGAGGGCAACUAUGACAUCGGGGCCCUGAUCGGUGCAGACGAGCACGGCAAUCUGUGGAUAUAUAGCAGUGAAGAGGCUAAGGAAGCGGCAGAUCGUCGGGCUACGUUCAAUACUAUGCGACCGGGUUCGGCCAUGAGCGAAAAUGCGAUCUCUGACCCUGGGUACCAUAGCGACAGUGAUCCAUCUAUCCAUGAUAAGGCAGUGACGGCGCGUCACUAUCGGACGCAAUCCGACGUCCAGCCCGGCUUCCCUACACCACCACAGUCACCUACUCAAGAUUCACUUGCCCUGGAACCCACGCGCAACUAUGCGAAGACGUUACGUCUGACUAGCGACCAGCUGAAGGCCCUGAAGCUGAAGCCUGGGCCUAACAACAUGUCGUUCAGCGUGAACCGAGCCACCUGCACGGCCAAUAUGUUUCUGUGGAACGGAAACACGCCUAUUGUGAUCUCCGACAUUGAUGGGACCAUCACGAAGUCUGAUGCAUUGGGUCAUGUGCUGAACAUGAUUGGACGAGACUGGACACAUGCUGGCGUGGCCAAGCUGUACACGGACAUCGUCAACAAUGGGUACAACAUCAUGUACCUUACCAGCCGGUCCGUCGGCCAGGCUGACAUUACCCGCGGCUAUCUCCACGGAGUAUGCCAGGAUGGGUACCGAUUGCCCAAAGGCCCAGUCAUUAUGAGCCCGGACCGCACCAUGGCGGCACUUCGACGCGAGAUUUAUCUUAGGAAGCCCGAGGUCUUCAAGAUGGCGUGCUUGCGAGACAUCCUUAACCUGUUCAACGGCAAGGAGAACCCGUUCUACGCUGGGUUCGGCAACCGUCUGACCGACGCGUUGAGCUAUCGCUCGGUGAAUAUCCCUUCUACACGAAUUUUCACGAUCAACUCGAAUACGGAGGUCUCCCUCGACCUUCUCAGUUUGAACAAAUACAAGAGCAGCUACGUCUCAAUGGGAGAGCUGCUUGAUCACUUCUUUCCGCCGGUCAGUUUGCUGGUUCAGGCUGGUGGCGAGGAAUACACCGAUUUCACGUAUUGGCGUGAGCCCCCGCCAGAUCUUGAAGCAUUUUCAUGUACAGACAGCGAAGCUGAAGACGAGGAGCCAGACGAGGACGACGAAGAAGAAGAAGAGGAGGAGGAGGACGAAGAGGAUGAAGAAAUUGAAGAAGACGAAGAGUACGACGGCGAGCUCAGCGACGAGGAUGGCAGCGAAGCUCUAGACGAGGACGAAGUCGACGAAGAGGAGGAAGACCUUGGCGCCAGUUAUAUCUCACAGGACUCUGUGGACGGUUCUGAACUGGCGGAGGAGCAGGACGUUCUUCCUGACGAGAAGGAGUUGGAGGUCGCCAGUGGAACUCGGCGAUCCCCUCCGGGAUCUCCCCCGCGUUGAAGCUGCCACCAAGCUUGGUUGUUGCAUUGGCGGACAAUGAUUAGCGUGGCUCGCGCUCGAUACCCCGUCUGGAGACGAUUGUCGCCGAUGUUUCAAGAACCGGUGGCAUAGAUAGAGCUUGCAUGGGGGUGUUUGUUUAUAGAGUAGCAUCGCGGCAUCGCAAAGACGCAUAGCCAUAGUUAUAUAUGUUAAUACACUGCAUGGAGUAUCACUGGG